CGUUUCUGUCGUUACUAGCCCUGAUUCGCUACUCGUCCGCGGGAGACAAGCCUCUGAUCAUCGAAAAUGGGGGUAAUUAAUUCAGAGUUGCUUCAAAAUAUUGCUCCCCUUUUCUGUCCAUUUGAAGUGUCAACGGCAUAAACGCACUUUUUCAGCUGUCUGUGAAAAUAAGGCUACCGGAUUCUUUGUUAUUGACAACACCAUACUCGGGACAGUGGAUUCAAUGGUAUACAAGGACACCCCCGAAGAAGACUGUUUGAGUACUUGUUCAACAAACAGGGACCGCUACGGGCGAUCUAUUUUGUGUGCGUCAUUCGUCUAUGAUCAUGUAUCUUUCACAUGCACAAUCUUCAAGGAAAAGGCUAAGCCUGAGGGCAAAGGAGAUGCCGUUCAAGCAGUAGGCAAACGCUACUUUGAGAAGGUUUGCCUAGGAGAUUCUGUUCCUAUGGAAUGCGCUGAUGGGCAGUUCAUCCGAGCUGACGAUUCUGUAUUAAUUGGCUUUGCUCGUAAUGUCACUCUUGUGGAAACCAUGGAGCAGUGCGUGGAACAGUGCAUCAAAGAGCUGGAUUAUCUUUCUCUAACAUAUAUUAAUCUUGAGUGUAAAGCUGCAGAAAUUCUGCUGUACGCAGAGAGGACUUAUGACCUUGAUGAAAAAUUAGAAGUUGUUUGUUACAGCGCCGAAACGGAAUACUUUGAAAACGAAAGUUUUCGGCUCCACCGGGAAAGCGAAAAAAGCAAACUUUUUGCAGUAUGUUCUAGUAAAAGAAAUUGCGUAUUACCCGAGUCAGCGGUGCUGCAUUAG